AUGGGUCGCAAGAAAGCUGUCGUUGACGAUCUUCUAGCCGACAUCCCUGACUCAGUUGAUGCUCAAGCAGCACAAACCCAGCCUCAACUAAAGCCAAAGCCAAAACGUCUGAAGAAGGCUUAUCCCAAGGCAACGAGCGAUAAGACCCCUUCUGCUACCGAGAAGAGGCCCGCCGAUGCCCAACCAUCCAAAUCCACUAGAUCAAAGAGGCUGAGGUCGUCCUCUGCGACAACCUCGGGGCCGUUAAAACAUGAUUCCCCCUGGGCCCCGCCAAUUACAAUCGACGACAAGUCGGUUAAGGCUGGUGAUAGCGCCAACAACAUUGAAGUCAGCAUUGCCCUUUCCACCGCCUUGCUGUUGCCCAAAGAUCUUAAUCGUAAUGCUCAGAUAAGCGAAUACGAAAAUUUUGCUUUGAUGCUGCAGCAUUCCAUUCAAGAGUUGGUCGACAAGACUAGGGAGGUUACUAGUUUGCAGAAGGCCAUAAAAAUGACUGAGGCAAAAAUGAAGAUUUUGGCAGACCAGGCCGAGGCUGCUGUCAAAGCUAAGGAUGAUGCCGAAGAAAAAGCGGAUGCCGCUGAGGCCAUUAACAAAGUUCUUGAGGCCCAGAAGAAAGAGGCCGAAAAAAAGACGGCCGAGGCCCAAAAAGAACUCCAAGACGCCCUAGCCACAAAGGAGGCCGAGAUCAAGGCAACCGAUGAGAGGGCAUAUGCAGAGGGGGCGGCCAACGUCAAGGAGGAUUAUAAAAAACAAGUGAAGAAAGAGUUGGCUGACAAGACUAGGGAGGUUGCUAGUCUGCAGAAGGCCAUAAAAAGGGUUGAGGCAAAAAUGAAGACUUUGGCAGACCAAGCCGAGGCUCUUGUCAAAGCUAAGGAUGAUGCCGAAGAAAAAGUGGAUGCCACUGAGGCCAUUAAUAAAGUUCUUGAGGCCCAGAAGAAAGAGGCCGAAGAAAAGAUGGCCGAGGCCCAGAAAGAACUCCAAGACGCCAUAGCCACAAAGGAGGCCGAGAUGAAGGCAGCUGAUGAGAGGGCAUAUGCAGAGGGGGCGGCCGACGUCAAGGAGGAUUAUAAAAAACAAGUGAAGCAGCCUGAACUUCCAAGCUUGUUGCUCCUAGUGGCCACGUUGGCGUUCCAUUGA